AAUGGAGACGCAAUUGCUUUCCGUUAUGGAGCUUCGCUUUGAGCCUUUGACGCGUCCGCUCCUAGCUUAGAAAAUUCACUGGUGUAGAGAGACUAGCUGGUCUCCGCACGGCGGCAGCCAACACAACACAGCAGAAAAUGUCAGCCGUCGGCGACGACCCCCUCGACUCCCUACCGGCGGCGAUCCUCGCCGAAGUCCUCGGCCUCAUCGCCGACGCCGGGGACAUCGCGGCGUGCCGCCUCGCCUCGCGCGCGCUCCUCGCCGCCUCCUACCACUGCCCCCGCGUCCGCCUCCACGCGGCCUCCAGCGCACGCCGCCUCCGCGGCCUCAAGGGCAGGGACUGGGACGGGGCGCUCCUCGCCUUCCGCGUGGCCGCCGGGAACGUCGCCUCUCUCCUCGGGCCGCACCUGCGCUCCCUCGCACUCGACGCGUCCGAGGGGCAGGGUUGCCCCGACGAAGCGGCGCGGGUGGAGGAAGGGGAGUUCGACGAAGCCGACGACCUGUACCUCACGGGCGGGGAGUCCGUGGCGGCGUGGGCGGGCACUGCCGCAGGUCCCAGCCUCCGGGAGGUGGACAUCGCCGACUUCUGGCCGCAGUCCUGCUGGCGCAAGGCGGAGGCGCUCCCUGUCAUCUCCCACUUCUGUCAUAAUCUUUCAAAAUUGGGCCUGAGAAAUGCAUGGCUCUGUGUUGAUGGGCUCAAGAUAAUGCCAAAUCUGACUCAUCUGGCACUUGAGUUCAUUAGAUUAGAUGACGAGGACCUCAGCAAAUUGAACGAAUGCUUCCCUUGUCUUCAGAUUCUCAAACUUAUUAAAGUCGGAGGGCUCAAGGACCCCAAGAUUCACUUUCCUCAAUUGAAGACUUGCUGCUGGGAGGUAUCAAAUGUUCCACGGUCUUUGGCUAUCCAUGCGCCUGCCUUGGUUUAUCUUGAGUUAAAGUGUGUUCGACCAGAAAUUCUCAUUUUAGAUACUCCAUCUAUGUCUAGUCUGAAACUGACCAUUGAUAAACUUGGCCCAACUGUUAUAGUUGGUGGCCUUGUGAGUUUGACAAAUCUUCGGAUAGAGUCCUCGGAUCUAAAUUCACUCUUGAGAGUGUUUACAGAUGGUCGAGACAUCAGGACAUUAGAUCUUGAGUUACCAGCUUCUGCAAACCGCUACGAACUUUAUGAAGCGGUGGACCCAGAACUGUUUUCAAGAACCACAGAAGUCAAGCUGUCACCAAGGUUUUCGUAUGAACUGAUGAGGCACAUUGUAUUCUGCAUGACUACUCACGACUGCCGAAGCUGUUUGAAGAAACUCCUGGUUCAUCUGCCACAAUCAAACAUUACUACCUGUCCGUUUGUACCCUUGCUUAACAAUUGUGCACCGUCAUGCGAGGUGACUGUUCUUUUCCAUGCCGCUACCAGCGAUGCUGUUCGUCAAGCUGCAUCAUCAGUUUGGCCGAUGGGUUUUCCAGACAUUAGUUGGCAAUGGGGUACUUGGAGUUGAUCCUGCAUGGUCACUCCAUUUGAGACUAGCUGGCGUAGUUUCUUUGCUCAUGGCAUGGUGUUGAUGGCCUGAUGUGUAUGAUCUCCCAAAAAAGGAUCUAUGGAUGAUGCAUAUAUGGCUUGCUUUGCCUUACCGUUGUGCGUACAUGUUCCAAGACUAAGCAGCUAUACAUGCUUGUCUUACUCGAUUA